AUGACGGCGAUGAAGACGGCCAGCGGCAGCAGUGCGAACUUGUUUCAGAAUCUGAAGCCUUAUGUGUUUAUCAUAUUGCUUCAGUUUGGUUAUGCUGGCAUGUACGUAAUCACAACUGCAACACUCAAGAAUGGUAUGAACCAUUAUGUUCUGGUUGUGUACCGUAACCUUGUCGCUGCUGCCAUCAUCGCCCCAUUUGCACUUUGGUUCGAGAGGAAGAACAGAUCGAAGAUUACGCCGCUCAUCUUCUUCAAGAUUGUAGCCCUCGCUAUGCUGGAGGUUGUUUUAGAUCAGAAUUUCUAUUACAUGGGAGCCAAAUUGACAAACGCAAGCUUUUCUGCUGCGUUUUACAACAUACUUCCAGCAAUGACUUUCAUGCUGGCCAUUCUUCUAAGAAUGGAGAAGAUAAAUAUUAGACGAAGACGUAGUCAAGCAAAGGUUAUUGGAACAGCAAUAACGCUGGUUGGUGCCAUUUUGAUGAUACUCUACAAAGGCCCCGUUGUUGAGUUUUUCUGGACUGUGGGAAGAGCACAACAUCAUCCUGCUGCUGCUGCUGCUGCUGCUGCUAGCCAAGGCGGAACUAUGACCUGGCUCAAGGGUACCUCCAUGCUCUUCGUGAGCUGCAUCAGCUGGUCUCUGUUCUUCAUCCUUCAAUCGAACACAUUGGAAUCAUUCCCAUCAGAGCUCACACUGACAACUUUGAUAUGCGGCAUUGGAGCUUUGCUCAGCGCAACGGUCGCAUUUGUGAUGGAGCGUGGAAACGUUAAGCCAUGGAUUAUAGGUUUGGAUAUGAGGCUCUUCACAGCAGUCUAUUCUGGUAUAGUUUGCUCUGGUGUUGCUUAUUGUGUUCAAGGGAUAGUUAUGAAAGAGAGAGGUCCAGUCUUUGUCACAGCCUUCAAUCCUCUUUGUAUGAUCGUAACUGCGAUUAUGGGAUCUAUCAUUUUUGCAGAGGAAAUCUCUCGUGGAAGGGUUAUUGGUGCAGUAAUUAUAGUGAUAGGCCUUUACUUCCUCAUAUGGGGAAAGAGCAAUGAUCAUCUUGCUUCAAAGAAAGAGGUGACAGAUCAGCUCCCCGUGGCCAUGGCUGCAACCAAUGGCACAAAGCCAGGAUGCACUGUAAGCCCCACAACGCACAUUGAGAUUCCAGCAGUUACGAACCCAUGAAGCUUAGUUGUUAACUUGUUAUAGUACAGCUGAUGAGUUUGUUGAAUUAGAUUAAGAUUAACACCAUCUCCAAGCUGAUUAGUGC